AUGACUUUCCAGAAUCAGCCCUUGAUAUUUCAGCAAAACUUUGCUGUUCCCUUUUCUUCUGAACAAAGAAGUUACCUAAUUAUUAGGCUUCCCAAUGGAAUACAAGGGCUCUUGAUCACGGAUCCCUGUGAGGAUGUUGCUUCAUGUUGUCUGACAGUGGCAACAGGACAUCAUGCAAACCCGAAAAAUAUAUGUGGUUUGGCUCACCUUUGUGAACACAUGAUCUCAUUAAGCUCAAAAGAAUAUCCUGAAAUAGACGCAUACAGGAACUUAGUUUAUCAGGUUGGCGGCACUAGAAACGCAGUUACAAACAAUGAAACUACAAGCUUUUUCUUUUCCGUACCUAUAACUUCAUCGCCAAAGGUAUCUGAAUUUGAAAAAGUACUAAGCAUUUUUACUUCCAAUUUUAGGAACCCAAAUUUUGAAAUCACUUACUCUAAUAGAGAAAUAUAUGCAAUUGACAACGAGCAUGCUGUCAACAAAACUAGAAGCAAUAGAUUGUUAUUUCAAGGUUUCAAACUCCUGGCUAAUAAUGAACAUCCGUUUUCGAUGUUUUCCACGGGGAAUUUAGACUCCCUAAUUGAGAGGAAUAAGAAAGUGGAUAUUCGUGAGAGACUACUUGAUUUCUUCAAAGCUGAGUACACUCCAGAUAAAAUGUCAUUUGUUUUGCGUGGUCCUCAAUCUUUGAAUUAUUUACAAAGGCUUGCAACAUUGAAUUUCAGCAAAAUUGGUAUUCUAAAUAACAGGGAAAGCUUCACGGAAACAACCAUGAAACCAAAAGUCGUGCCAGGAAAUGCAGUUUCAAACAAAGUGAAGUCCUCAUGGAAAGAAAAGUACAAUGUUUUACCAUACUUACCUGCUGAUUUACAAAAAGGUGUUUUGAUUAAGAAAGACAUUGGUGCAGUGCUAAGAAUAGCAUUUCCUGUAACUUUCGAUAAAACUAAAUUUAUGUCAAAGAAGAGAUUCAACUUCUACAUUAAUUUUUGGUGUGAACUAUUUGGUUCAGAAUCACAAAAAACCAUAGCGUCGGCAUUAUUUGGCCGUGAACUUGUUUCGGCAAUUGUUUCUAAAACUUCAUCAGUCACUUACGAUACCACUCUACUUGAAUUAGAACUUAGUAUCACAGAUAAAGGAUACCAGUACAUUUCAACUAUACUUGAUGUUAUUUUCAACUUUGCUUCGCUCUUUAAUGCGUCAGAAAGCUCGAAAUUCAUAAAGCAUUUAGCAAAGUCAAUGUCACAAUUUAAUGGUAUUGGUAUUUACAAUUUUCUCUUUUCAGAAGCCAGUUCUGAAUCUAUAUGGGAAGUUCAAAAACUGAGUAGAAUCCUCCUAGAAGGUAUUCAGUCGUAUGGGAGGUUUCUUCUCAAGGGGCAAAAUUUAAUGGAUGAAACAGUUGAAGGUUUCAAAGGUGCAUAUACUGAGAAUAAAGCUGCAAAAAAUUGGUGGUUAGAUGAAGCUAAGCGUUUUUCUCAUUUUAUUAAGAAUAAUAUAUCGAUAAACCGCACAUUGCUCAGUUUUGUCGGAGAUAUAGAUAAGACCGAACUUGACUGGGCAGUAAACAUUCCUGCUGAAUAUACCAGUGAACCAAAUUUUGAGUUUAAUUACAAGGUCGUUAGACUCAAUUCUCAGGUGAUUGAUAUAUCUAAGAUUAAUGAUUACGGAUUAGAUAUAUCGCCUCCUAAUAUAUUUGCAGAUGAGAUGGUGGAUGACCAAACGGCUCUACUUGGUUUGUGUGAUCUUACCACUGAACAUGCCUUAGAUGCAUCAUUGGGCUAUUCUGUGAAAAAUACUUUGUCAUCCUCCAUUCCGAUCCUUUAUCAUUGUGACUUUGGUUGUCAACUGUGGCUAAAAAAGGAAGUUGAUGUUGCUUUCAAAAAUAAGGCCCUAUUAACUCUAGAAUUAAUUAAUACCAAAAUUGGUGCAAGCCCAACACAUGUUGCUGUGUUAGAAAUACUGGUCCAAUUGGUGAAAUUUAGAGUUAAUGAAUAUCUUUAUCCAGCUACUGUUCUGAACUAUGUCUAUGAUUUAUUCCCGUCAUUUAAAGGUGAUACGGGUGUUUUAUUGCACGUCUCAGGACCGAAGGAAAACUUUGCCAAAGUUUUGAAAGUCUUAGUCUAUGAAGUAAAGCUAAUUUCAGAAUCAUUUGGAACAACUGUAACAGAUAGCGAAUUUACCAAAGCCAAGGCUGCAGUUCUGUUGAAGUAUAGUUUGAGCGAGAAGAUGUCAACUUUUGAAUCAGCAACAUUGGGCUUAAUGGCAACUAUUGAAGAAAAUACUUGGUUAUUACAGCUUAGGAUUGAAGCGUGUCAGAACCUUACCAAAAAAGGAAUUGCAUCGGUAACUUCAAAGAUUUUUGAAAGCUGCUAUUUGACUGCGUUCUUACAAGGUGAUAUUGAAAUACAGACUUUAAGCGCAGACAUUUUGCCAAUCAUUUCUAAGCUUGUUAAGAACUUUGAAGGUGAGAAUUAUAGAUUUCCAUCUUCUGUAUUCUUACCACCGAGAUCAAAUUAUUACGUUAACUAUACUAGCAAUGAUGCAACUAAUGGCAUAGAAUGCUUUUUUCAAACAUGCAGGCGGGAUGAUAUCAAAGAAACGUCAAUAACAAAGUUUGUUUCAUACCUUCUAGGCACAGAUCUAACUAGAAAAUUGAGAACUGAUUAUCAACUGGGGUACAUAGUUUUGGUUGGCUUGAGAACAUUGAGGAAAACCCAAGGUAUUCAUAUAUUAAUCAUUAGCAGUACAUAUUCUUCUGAUGAGCUAGAUUCGAAACUUGAAGAUAUUUUAGCUGAAUGGUACGAGCAAAGUAUCAAAAAACUGAAAAAUGCCCAACUAUCUCAAUAUAUUGAUAAAUUUGUAACAGCAGAGUCAGCCACGGGAAGCUCUACCAAUUCCAAUAGCGGAUGUCCUAGUUUAUUUUUUGGCGCUCUCGGAUCGUCUGGAGGUGACAAAAAAAUUACAAAACAGCAUAACUCAUACUGGGAACAGAUUGAUAACAAAACCUACUCAUUCUCAAAAACAUUAAAUGGUGAAGAUGGUGUAGAUUUGGAUGUGGUCAAAAAUAUUACUACUGAAUCCUUAACCCAAUUUAUUAAACAGAAACUAUUACCUAUAUCGGCGGAAAGAAGUAAAAUUACUAUUAGGAUUGAUUCUAAAUUGCCAAAAGAAGAGUUUGAGAAGAAUUCCAAAGGAAUGCAGCUAUAUUUUCUUUUAUCGUCCAUGGGAUUCCCCAUCAAACAGGAGCAUCUUGAAGAUAUAUUGGAGAAAUCAAACAAUUCCCAAAUCAAGCUAUGUAAAAGCCUUUACAGAUAUUACAGGGAAAAUGGCAAGUCUAUCUCACAGGUAGCAUCAGUUAUAGCUAAGCUAUCAAAAUCUGUUCUGCUGUCUGGUAAAACUGAGGCCGCCAACAAUACGGCUGUAAUUGUGCCGCCGAAGCAGGUAGAUAUUGAGAAUUUGUCAGCAUGGAAAAAACAAACAGGUUAUGUCCAGGAGCAAAUUCAGAUGAAAGAUAGACUGAAUAGCUUCAGAGAUUGUGUAACUUAG